ACCAGGAAAAAAAGUCAAAAAAUUCCAAAAUAAAAACCUUCGAGUCCCGUCAAAAGCUUGCUGUAAGUGUUGCUGAUCGCGAAAAUUGGGGGAAUUUUCGGGAAAGAAAAGGCGGAAAAGAGCUUUGCAGCGAAAAACAAAUUACAGAACCAACAUCAUGGUUUCUCGUCGGAAAAUCCUGUCAAAAUCGCGCGAUGAUCUGACUUUCGAUCCGACAUAUUUCAAGAAGGAAGAGGAAGACGUUUGGUUCCAAAAAGACAAACUCUUCAAGGAUCAUCUGCAAGAAGUGCUCGACAAAUGGAAUCAAAUCGACGACGAAAUUUGGGCAAAAGUCAUCGUUUUCGAGCGAAAUCGUCGUGUUGCGAAAGCUUAUGCGCGUGCGCCUGUCCUCACCAUUAACGGCUCCGACGAUGGUUUCGACGGCAUGAAAAUUGGCUUGUGUGGCUUCGAUAAUCCGAUGCGCGAUAAGCGAACGGACGAGUACAAGCGACACAUUGCGCAAGGCAUCAAGAUCAAAAUGGACGAGGCGGGCAACAUUCUUGUGCGUCGUUACUGCAAAAGCAACAUUUAUGUCAAAAGUACGUCGCCAAAUGUCGCCGAAGAAACGGCAAUUGGCGCCGAAAUCACAAAGUUACCCGGAAUGGCAAUUGAAACAGAGAAAAUUGUCAAACUCUUCGACAUGAAAAAAUUCCAAUCAAACGUACACAGAGAACUGAGUCGUGGUUACCCGGAUCGUCGUAAACUCGAAACGCAAUGCCUGUCGAUGCUGGCGUUCGUCAAAUCCGAAAAUGAAGUACUCGAUUGCCCGAUUUGGGUGUUAAUUAUCAACGUUGUUGCGAUGGAUAUGCUGAAGAGCAAGUUGCCAAUAGGUGAGUCUCUGAAUUCGCCGGAAAUUAUUCGAGAGAAUCAUUUUCCACGAAUCGCAGCGCCAUCGAUUGUUGGAGCGCCAACUCAACGACAAUUCGACAUCAAAAAUCGCCCGAGAAUACCGAUUCCGGAUGAGGAUCCAUACAGCACGGCAGAAAAUUUUGCGAGUGCAACGAGUUCAAAUUCAGGUUUGAAGAGAGGCGAAAAGCCGCCAAAGUUACCGCCUCGUGAUAAAAUUUACUCAAGUGAGAUUCAAAAACCCGUUAUCUACGAGACAAAAGAAGAAUCAAAAUUGAAGCUUUUCUCACGGAGUAGGAGUAAAAAAGAUCAAGAAAAGGACAAUAAUAACAGAAAAUACGAGGAUCCAUAUUACUGCGGUCUUCGUGCACGCGUUCCCAACUUUGUCAAAUCCAACAAAAAGAACUCAAAGGACUUAAAACGUGGCCUAAGCCAUCCCGCAUCCAUGUCAAAUCUGUUGCCACAAGUUAGACGAGCGCCAAAUAUGCAGGAAAGCAUCAGAAUGCCGCCAGAGAGGAACGCCGCUUUAUGGCAUGCGAGAAGUUAUGAGAGCGGAAUUGAUUUACAAGAAUCACCUUAUAGUCAUUUGUAUGGGCAUACUGCAAUUCCGAGAGGAUAUGUUCCGGCGCCGCGAUCCAUGUACAUUGGAGAAUGGGACUAAAAUUAUAAAUAAAAAAGAGAAAUUAUGUAAAAUGC